AUGUCUGAGUUUGAUAAGUACGCUACCCCACUAUCGUCCAGAUAUGCUUCUAAGGAGAUGUCUGCUGUUUUCUCUUUGAGAAACAGGUUCUCUACAUGGAGAAAGUUAUGGUUGAAUCUAGCCAUUGCUGAAAAGGAAUUAGGUCUUGAUGUCAUUACAGAUGAGGCCAUUGAACAAAUGAAGGCCCACUUGGAAAUUACAGAUGAAGAAAUUGCCAAGGCUAGUGAACAAGAAGCUAUUGUCAGGCAUGAUGUUAUGGCCCAUGUUCAUACAUUUGGUGAAACAUGUCCUGCUGCGGCUGGUAUCAUCCACUUGGGUGCCACUUCUUGUUUUGUCACAGACAAUGCCGAUUUAAUCUUCCUAAGAGAUGCAUACGAUAUUGUUAUUCCAAAACUCGUCAAUGUUAUCAACCGUUUAGCUAAAUUUGCUCUAGAGUACAAGGACUUACCAGUUCUGGGUUGGACUCACUUCCAACCAGCUCAAUUAACUACUUUGGGUAAGAGAGCAACUCUAUGGAUCCAAGAACUACUAUGGGAUUUGAGAAACUUUGAAAGAGCUAGAAAUGAUAUUGGUUUGCGUGGUGUUAAAGGUACCACUGGUACACAAGCGUCAUUCUUGGCCCUAUUUCACGGUAAUCAUGACAAAGUUGAAGAACUUGAUGAAAGAGUUACUGAACUUCUAGGCUUUGACACUGUUUAUCCAGUCACUGGUCAAACUUACUCCAGAAAGAUCGACAUUGAUGUUCUUGCACCAUUAUCAUCAUUUGCUGCCAGUGCCCACAAGAUGGCUACCGAUAUCAGACUGCUAGCCAACUUGAAGGAAGUUGAAGAGCCAUUUGAAAAAUCCCAAAUUGGUUCUUCAGCAAUGGCUUAUAAGAGAAACCCAAUGCGUUGUGAACGUGUUUGUUCUUUGGCUAGACAUUUGGGCUCUCUAUUCAGUGAUGCUGUCCAAACUGCUUCCGUCCAAUGGUUCGAGAGAACAUUAGAUGACUCAGCUAUAAGAAGAAUCUCUUUACCAAGUGCUUUCCUAACAACAGAUAUCUUGUUGACUACAAUUCUAAAUAUCUCUUCAGGUUUAGUUGUAUAUCCAAAGGUAAUUGAAAGAAGAAUUAAGAGUGAGUUGCCAUUCAUGGCUACUGAGAAUAUCAUUAUGGCUAUGGUCGAAAAGGGUGCUUCUAGGCAAGAAGUGCAUGAAGAAAUCAGAGUCCUGUCUCACCAAGCUGCUGCUGUGGUAAAAGAACAAGGUGGUGACAAUGACCUGAUCGAACGUGUCAAGGCCAAUGAGUUUUUCAAGCCUAUCUGGAAUGAAUUGGAUCAAUUGCUAGAUCCAUCUACAUUUGUUGGUAGAGCUCCUCAACAAACAGAAAAAUUUGUUGGUAAGGAUGUUAAGAACGCCUUGCAGCCAUUCCAAAAAUACAUCAACGAUGCUGAAGUUAAACUAAAUGUUUGA